CGCGAGCCAAUGCGCCUCAGUCGCCGUCGCUGUCCCUGCGCAGCUUCCUUGCCCAUCUGAUUUCUCCUGAAUCGAGGUUUUGAAUUUUAACCUGUAAUUUCGAGCAACUCCGGUACAGUUCUUGUGUAUUCAGCUCACGCGUGUGAGUGGGUCAGUCGACAAACGAAAAAAAUCAAAGAAGGCACCGACGAGACAGCAUGUCCGACAACAUGGAGCUCAAGGACGCGGCCACCACGGGCGUAUCGUACGGAACCGUCGAGUCCACGCUGGUGAACCGGCGCAAGGGGGCCUUCAAGAGCGUCUGGGACGAUGACAGCGACUCAGACUCUGCAGACGAGGACAACGACAAGGAUAAGAAGCCGCGCAUAAGGUUCGUGUUCCGGUGGAGCGACCUCAUCAUCAUCCUGGUGUACCUGGUGGUGUCGGCAAUCGGGCUGUACUUCGCUCUGAGCCGCAUGCUUCCACAGGCGGAGAAGCUGCGGCUCGCCUUCUACAACACCACCAUCCCCGAGGGACCCACGCCGCUGGUGCGCGUCCAAGCGCCGCCCAUGGUGCUCGCGUGGGACGACCCACCCUGCAGGCAGCUCGCCCGAGACCUACUGGACACAGGGGGCAACGCCAUGGAUGCCGCCAUUGCGCUGAGUGUGUGCAACGUGGCGCUGAGGCCGCAGGCGUGGAGCUUGGGCGGCGGACUUGUCAUGCUCAUCUACAACAGGACCACCAGGCAGGCUCACGUGAUCGACGCGCUGUCUUCCUCCCCCAAGAACUUCUCCGCGGAAGAGUUCCAGAAAAAGCAAAGCAGCGGUUGGAAAGAGGCGGAGACGCUGGGAGUGCCAGGAGCCCUGGCAGGACUAGAGCUGGCCAACAAGAGGUUCGGGCGGCUUGCCUGGCACUACAAGCUGGACCCGGUGGCCGACCUCUGCGAGCGGGGCUUCAACGUCACCGAGUCCCUGGGACGCGUCCUGUCCGGAAAGAGCGGGGACCUCUGGAACCACCCGGACCUGAGGGUGGAGUUCGUGCGCGAAGGAAGUAAGGACGAGCUGCUGCGUGAAGGAGAGACUCUGAAGCGACCGUCGCUGUCCGAGACGCUGCGCCGCGUCGCCAAACUGGGCGCCAAGGAGUUCUACGCAGGCGCCAUCUCCAAGCUUGUGCUGCGGGACAUCGCAGCCGCAGGAGGCUUGCUGACCGCCGACGACCUGGCUUCGUACGAGGCUCACGAGUACGGCGCCGCGAACGUGUCAUGCGGCAGCGGCUCGUGGCUGCUCACUUCGGCAGCGCCCAGCGGAGGGCCCGCCUUGGCCAUGGCCGGAUCCCUGCUGCGCACCCUGGGCCCUCUGAUGCGCGCACAGGAGCUGCCCGCACAGUUCCGCACGCUCGUCGAGGUGUUCAAGCAGAGCCUGGGCCGCCGGCUGGACGCCACGGUCGCCUACUACGAAGGCGCCCAGGAUGAAGUGGCGAGCAGCAUAAUCGAUGGCGAGGUGCUACAACCUCUGCCCGUUGACGUCAGCCAUGCACUCGGCGACCCUGGCGUGCCAGAAGCAGUGGCUGUGGUCGACAACGCGGGGGACAUCGUCGUCGUCUCCAGUGAACUUCACGGAGUGUUCGGCUCGCACUUCCUGUCCAACUCGACGGGUGUGAUAUUCAACGGCGCCCUGAGGGAGUUCUCCGCGGCCAGCGGUGGCGAGGAGGAGAGCGCCCUGUUCCGGCCAGGGGCGAGAGUGCCCAGUCCGGCGGCGCCCGCGCUGGUUGUCGACGACGCCGGUGACAUCCGACUGCUCUUCACCGCUGACGGGCCGGGCAACCAGACUCUCACGGCCGCCAUACAGUUCCUGUGGCGGGCGCUGCACACCAACGUGACCCUAAAGCAGGCAAUCGACGCCCCCAGGCUUCACCACCCCCUCGUGCCGGACGUUCUGUACGCCGAGUACCAAUUCCCAGGGGUGAUCCUCCAGAAGCUGCACACCAUGGGCUACCAGCUGGAGACGCUGCGCACCAACUCGUCGGUCAGGGGCGUGCAGCGAGACAAUGGCACUUAUUUGCUCAAUCAGGACUACAGAAUAGUCUUCUGAACGCGUAGUUUCACGGGUGCUCGCUGGAGAGAAAGCUGGCGCUGCAGCAGACAGCGUUUGGAAGUGCCUAUAGCUUUCGGAUUGAGGCUUCAUUGACUCGCGCACUGUGCUAGGAGUCCGAGCCUCCUGCUCAAUGUGUUCGGCAUGUUUCUUUUUUUUUCGCUGUAUGCUUCGCAUUCGUUGUAUACCUUUCUUUGUUUUGCGCUGUCGCCUAGCGGUUGUGCAUACAUUUUAUGACUGCAAGUAUCCUUUCACACAAUGACUGCUUGGUGGCGCUGCUAUCAAUACCAAAAAAAUCUGCAAUUAACACGUUAGUUCGUAUUCACUUCUGUAAGAAAAGGCGCUGCGUAACACAAUUAACGAUGAAAGGAGUAAGGAGGCAAGGUGCCAAUCUCUACAGUAUAUUCAGCUUUCGGACUUAAGGCUCACGGAAUGCACCACUCAUCGCUUAUGCCGUUGCUUUCUCACUUUCCUUGUUCAUUGCAUGGUACAUACGCAGUCGCCGUUAUCGCGUAAAGAAAUCGGUGAGCGUAUAGCCAAUCUCUUUUUAACUUUCUCAAGCUAACAGAGUUGAAUGAGCAAAUGCGCACGGCCUGCAGACGCCGCGCCUUUAUGAUUGCGCCGUUAAGUAUGCGCUUUUGGGGGUAAUUUCUACCCUAGAAGAAAAGAGAAGCUGUUUCAUUAAGAGUUUUUUUGCUUUUUUUUCUUUCUGGGGGAGGGGUUGGGGGUAGUGAUAUUAUCAAGAUAGUAACGUUUACCCAGUCGUAGGAAAUUACGGGCAAAGCCAUAUGUCAGGCCCGAUAUCACUCGUGUUUUAGAUCGUUUCUGUACAAAGCGAGCUGCUAUUGAAGAGCCCAUUUGUAACCCAACGUUAGCAUGAGAAUGUCUUGAGCGAUGCACAACACUCCACAAAUUGCUUUCACCGUGUUGG